UGAUAAGUGAAACCGGACGUUCACGUGACAUUUAGCACAUAUUAGCUAUAAUUUGGGACAGACAGGCUGUGUAGUACAAACGGCCGCCACGCCCUCGCUGUGUGUUUGUGUUACGUGCGUUACGUAAGCCUCUACGCACAGGGACGCAUUCGAGUAGGAAAGUUCAGAGCAGUCGGUUUGUGUCUGUGUCUGAGUGUUACAGCUGUCUGCCUCGUACUCUGCGUCGUUGAGUUUGUCAAGAUGGUCGCGCUUUCCAAAGAGUAUGGAUUUGUGGUGUUAACUGGCACUGCCAGCAUCUUGAUGGUUGCACAUCUGGCUGUUAAAGUUGGCAAAGCCCGCAAGAAGUACAACGUGCAGUACCCUCAGAUGUACAGUGACGACCCAGAAACUGGAAACAUCUUUAACUGCAUCCAGCGUGCACACCAAAACACCCUGGAAGCCUACCCCGCCUUUCUUUUCUGCCUUGCUGUUGGCGGUUUACAUUGUCCUCGCCUCAUCAGUGGACUUGGAGUUGUAUGGAUUAUAAGCAGAGAGGUGUACGCACAUGGUUAUUCCACAGGAGAUCCUAAAAAAAGAAUGCGGGGAGCGUUCGGGAACCUGGCUAUUCUCGGGAUGAUUCUGACCACAGCCAGUUACGGCCGCCACCUGCUUGGCUGGACAGGGCCACGGAUGGGCCCCUUUCGUCAGGUUAACUGUCAUUGAGGAUGAAGUCUUCAGGAUGGGUUCACCCAGUGAUUCACCUUUAUAAUCAAAGCCACUCUACAUAACCCAUAUAACCUGCAACAUGUCUGCUAACCUCUGAUCAAUGUAACACUUGAAGUUAGGUGAAAUCGUCAAGUGACCUGACCAGUUUUCCUGGAAGGGAAUGCCUCAUUUAGGAUCAUAGAUGUUAUGUUAUCACUGAUGGGCACUCCCGGAACAUGCAAGACCUGUCAGUUUGUUUUCAGCUGCGCCCUGAAAUAUUUGUCACUUGACUUUUCAUAUUAAAUGUAUUUUUGCAAUAAACAAAUGCUGUAAUAAAAGGUGAGUUUUCAGAAGGACUUUUGCCAUGCAUGUUAGAUGUUUAGAAUAUCGUCUUAUGUUUGCAUUUGCUUAGCUGAAAGAGUCAGAUUUUGUAUAUGAAUGAAUACCUGAAAACGAUUCGUCAAAAAUAUUCCUCUUGUUGAGUAAAAAACAAAUUCCUGUCAUGAUGACGAUACAUUUUUUUUUUUUUAGAUGUGUCACAUACUGAAAACAGGGUUUUGACAUUUGUUGUGCUGGUAUUAAAUAUUAUACAUUGGUUAUAAA